ACUCGCAGCAGUCAGGAAGUCCAAGUAACAAUGAGCCAGGCAAAACCCCUCUUCCAGUUUAUCUGGAGGACAGUUUCAUCAAAUCAGGAGUCUUCAGUGUUGCAGAGCUGGUGCGAGUGUCCAGAAUGCCCAUCACCCACGGCGCAGCGGUACCCUUCUCCAUGGCCGACAUGCCGGGCCAGCCCUACUACCACGACCUGAACUCCAGCGUGGGACUUCACCGCUCCCUGUCCUCCCCUCCCGGCAGCAAAAGGCCCAAAACGGUCAGCCUGGACGAGAACAUGGACACCAGCCCGACUGGACCGGACUUCUACUCGUCGCCCAGCUCACCGGCGAGCAGUCGGGCAAACUGGCACGACAGAGACGGAGAUAUGUCUUCACCCACCAUGAAGAAGCCAGAGAAGCCGCUGUUCAGCCCCACCUCCCCGCAGGACUCCUCGCCACGACUCAGCACUUUUUCUCAGCCUCAUCACCCAGGCCUAACAGGUGUGGGACACAGUGUUAUAUCGACGAGGAGCCCCCCUCCUCACUCGCCCCUGCAGUUUUCGGCCUCGGCCAUCUUGCCCCCGGCGCCGUCGCCCUACUUCUCGCACACCACCAUCCGCUACCCGCCUCACCUCAACCCCGCUGAUCCCCUCAAGAGCUACGUGCCGUCGUAUGACCCGUCCAGCCCGCAGAGCAGCCAGCCCAACAGCAGUGGUCAAGGGGUUGGAAAGGUCCCAGGCCACUUCACCCCAGUUCUGGCUCCAUCCCCRCACCAUGGCGCCGUGCGACCCGUCACGCUCUCCAUGCCCGACACCAAGCCCAUCACCACAUCUGAAGCCUACUCAAGUCCUGGCACCCCGACAGCCAAUCGUUUCGUAGGCCUGAGCACCAGAGAUCCCGCCUUUCUCCACCAGCAACAGCUGAGGAAGUGUGACUGGAGCGUGACUCAAAACGGCAGGCAUUAUGGCCCCAGUGCCACUGACGACACUUUGGGGAUUACUUGGCAAAGUCCUGGUACCUGGGCGAGCUUAGUUCCAUUCCAAGUGUCGAACGGGACUCCGAUUCUGCCAACAAAUGUCCACCAGAACUACAGCAUAAACAUCAUUGGUGAGCCGCUGGUCCCCGCCGAGACCGGGAACUGAGCCCGCAGAGAGAGACCGGACAACCCCCCCGCGCGCCCCCACCCUCACCCACCUCCCUGCCCUACCUCUCGGGGGUGGAAGGUGUGGUGCAGAGCUAGCACUUACAGGUGUCCCGCAGCCAUGGACGAAACCAGCAAAAGCAGCAAGUGCUGCAAAAAAAAAAAGGAAAAAAAAAACUGCCCCCCAUCUCCCCUUCCUUUAUUCCCAGUCUCACCUCUUCCACGCUCCCCCCUCCCCCACUCCUCCUCCUCCUCCUCCCUCCUGAUGAUGAUGAUGGACGCUGGCCCUGAGGUGAAGAUGAGGGAUUGCUCAGAGGAAAGAAGCUUCAGGUUCUGCUGUCUCCUUGCAAUCACCCACCAGUCAGUUUCAGAACUUUUCCAAUCCAUCUAAAAUACUGUGAUGUAUACAUGCCUUAAUGUUUUAUUGCAUGACACUCUAGACUCUUAGCAUUACUAUUUUUUCCAUGUUGGAGGAAGAUGUAUAAUCUACAUUUAAACACACACACACACACACACAGAAACGAGGGGGUUCUGCAGGUCCACGCCUGCCUGGAGGACGGCUCAGAGACUCGGCGAUCUCUUGAAAAGAGGCUUGUUCUCCCUCACGGAACGAUUUCACUGUGUACACCGUAGGAACAACAAAAACAAAACUUGUGAAUUCAGAGUGUUUCUUCUUCCGUUUGAUUUCAGUUUACUGUGAUACGGCUUUUACCUUUUUAAUUUCUUGUCUAUUCUUUACUGCUACCUAUGUCAAGAAUUAACACGCAACGGCAAGAGUUGAGAACUCUUGAUGCAGUUUUCAAAAAACACUAAAACACUAGUCUUGAGAUUGGACCCCUCCUGAAAAAGAACAAACGAAAAAGAAAAGUCCUUUCCAAAAGGAAUGAAAUGUUAAAAGAGGAAGAAAUAAAUUGCGACAGAGGCAAGUG